AUGAUACUAAAAGGUAUUUAUGAAGCUAUGGCGAUAGCCAAUGGUGGCCGUCAGGUGCUAACAAAAAUGGCUAGCGAAAUGCAAAGAGAAUUAAGCGUAGCUUAUAACUACUCUUUGGUUGGUCAAAAUGUGAGACAAUGCGAUACGCACGCAGGGAUGUGGGAGAAUUUACAUGCUAAGUCAAUUAGUGCAAGAGAUUUCAAAACGACGAAGCGUAAAAAUCAUAGAGCAGCUGGUAAAAUUCAAAAGAGAGAGUAUUCUACUAAAUCGUUUUCUCCAUCCCAAGAUUUUGGUACUGGCGCGGGUUCAGGUUCUAAUUCGGGUCCACUGAGAAGAGUGUCGAAGCAUAUAAUUGGCUCAAAGAAACCUAAUACUGCUCAGAUGACAAGCAGUGAAGUCCCCAGUUCCAGAUUAGCUAGAAUUUUUCAUUAUGGUAGUUUGGCAGCUGGCAUGGGUCUUGGUGCUGCUACUCAAGGGAUCAAGCAAUACGCAUCUGGUAAGCCAACGGCAAUUAAUAUGAAAUCAUUGUUCUUGUCUCCUCAGAACAUUGAGCGUAUGGCCAAAAAAUUCUCAAAGAUGAGGGGAGCUGCAUUAAAAAUUGGUCAAAUGAUGUCCUUUCAAGAUUCUUCUAUUUUACCAACUGAGAUUCGUCAGGUUUUAUUAAGAGUACAGAAUUCUGCACAUUACAUGCCACCCGGCCAAUUAGAAAGAGUGAUGGUUAAUGAUUUGGGAAUUAAUUGGAGGGAACGUUUAUUCACAUCGUUUGAAGAUGUCCCUGUAGCAGCCGCUUCAAUCGGUCAAGUUCAUAAUGCUGUUACCGAAGAUUUAACUCCUGUUGUUGUGAAGGUACAGUAUCCUGGUGUGGCAACAAGUAUUGAUUCUGAUUUGAAUAAUUUAUUGAUGUUGUUAACGGCGUCAUCUAUUUUACCUGCUGGAUUAUUUUUGGACAAGACAAUUGCAAAUGCAAGAACAGAACUAAAAUGGGAAUGUGACUAUAUAAGGGAGGCCCAGAAUCUUAUCCGGUUUCGUGAUAUUUUGAAGGACGAUGACGUUUUUGAAGUACCUAGAGUUUUUCACCGUUUGUGUGGUGAACAUGUUUUAACAAUGGAGAGGAUGAGAGGUAUUGAAAUCGUGAAAGGUAAUUGGGAUCAAAAGACAAAGGACUGGAUCGCUACCAACAUCAUGAGGCUCUGUUUAUUGGAGAUCAAGAAAUUCAAAUUCAUGCAAACAGAUCCUAAUUGGGCGAACUUCUUAUAUAACGAAUCAACUGGUAAGAUCGAAUUAUUGGAUUUUGGUGCUGCACGCGACUUCAGCGAUGCGUUUGUCGAAGAUUAUGUGAACGUUUUAAGGGCUGCGGUUAAAAAGGAUCGUGAUUCAGUUGAGCAUUACUCGAAAAAGUUGGGUUACUUGACUGGGUUAGAGUCUCCACACAUGGUCAAAGCCCAUGUUGAUUCAGUAAUGGUUUUGGGCGAAGCUUUUUCACCCGUUGACAAUAAGGGAAAGCCAUUUGAUUUCAAGCAACAGACAGUAACAGACAGGGUCAGAGAUAAUAUUGGAGUCAUGUUGAGUGAGAGAUUAACACCUCCGCCUGAGGAAACUUAUUCCUUGCAUAGAAAGCUAAGUGGUGUAUUUUUACUUUGUGCUAGACUUAAUGCUACUGUCCCCUGUGAAAAGUUGUUCGAAGAAAUCGUUGGCUUUGACGAUAAAUGA